AAAAAAUGCUUACAGUAUCUUCUUAGUAAUGAUGAAAAAAAUUUCAACUCAAUGCUGACCGCUCAAAUCGCGACCUUGUCGGGAUCGACGGCCAAGAUAAGAGAAGGCCACUAAACCCAAAAUAAAAAAUAAAAAAAAAACGAGACGGAGACCACAGACCAGUCACCAUCACACCACACAUGGCGCACGGCGUCGCAACCACCGGAGCACAAGCUGCUGGUGCGCAACCACAUUCCCAUCUCCACCGCCACUAGGGGCGGCCACCGCCGCCGCGCUGGUCCCCGAAUCCGCCCACGGAGCCGGCCGGCGGCGGCAUGGCGGCGCCGAGCAGCCGCGCGGUGGCCGUCGGCGGCGCGCUGCUGCUGCUCGUCGUCUUCGCCGUCCCCACCACGUUCCUCUACCUCACCUCCGCCCCGGCCGCCGCCGCCUCCCCGAGCCUGCUCCUCAACCUCAAGCCGUUCGGCGCCCGGUGCGCGACCGCCGGCGCCAGGCCGCCGCUCAGGGUCUUUAUGUACGACCUGCCCCGGCGCUUCCACGUCGGCAUGAUGGACGCCUCGGCGACGGGGUUCCCCGCGUGGCCGCCGUCGGCCGGCGGGAUCAGGCGCCAGCACAGCGUGGAGUACUGGAUGAUGGUGUCGCUGCAGGGCGGAGCCGGAGGGGACGGGUUGGUGGAGGAGGAGGGGAGGGAGGCGGUGCGGGUGAGGGAUCCCGACGCGGCGGAGGCCUUCUUCGUGCCCUUCUUCUCGUCGCUCAGCUUCAACGUCCAUGGCCGCAACAUGACCGAUCCAGAGACCGAGGCCGACCGCCUCCUCCAGGUUGAGCUUAUGGAGAUUUUAUGGAAGUCUAAAUAUUGGCAACGAUCUGCAGGCCGUGACCAUGUGAUUCCCAUGCAUCACCCAAAUGCUUUUAGGUUUUUGCGUGAUAUGGUGAAUGCAUCUAUUCUUAUAGUUGCAGACUUUGGAAGAUACACAAAAGAGUUGGCUUCCUUGAGGAAAGAUGUUGUAGCUCCAUAUGUUCAUGUUGUAGAUUCCUUCCUUAAAGACGAGCCACCUGAUCCAUUUGAAGCUCGUCCUACUCUGCUUUUCUUUCGAGGGCGUACAGUCAGGAAAGAUGAAGGGAAAAUCCGUGCAAAACUUGCCAAGAUACUAAAAGGGAAGGAUGGUGUGCGCUUUGAGGAUAGCCUUGCCACAGGUGAAGGCAUUAAAACAUCUACGGAAGGCAUGCGGUCAUCGAAAUUUUGUCUCCAUCCUGCUGGAGAUACUCCUUCCUCGUGCCGACUGUUUGAUGCCAUUGUUAGUCAUUGUGUGCCUGUCAUUGUCAGCAGUCGGAUUGAGCUCCCUUUUGAAGAUGAGAUUGAUUACAGUGAGUUCUCCCUUUUCUUCUCAGUUGAAGAAGCUCUAAGACCUGAUCAUUUGCUCAAUCAGCUCAGACAGAUCCCGAAAACUAAGUGGGUUGAGAUGUGGUCAAAGCUCAAAAAUGUCUCUCAUCACUAUGAGUUCCAGAAUCCCCCCGUGAAGGGUGAUGCUGUGAACAUGAUAUGGAGGCAGGUGAGGCACAAACUCCCUGCAGUUAAUCUUGCAAUUCACAGGAAUAGGAGAUUAAAAAUUCCAGACUGGUGGGGAUGAACCUUGGUGAAUAGUGUAUAUAUUAUCAUAUGGACAGCUGAAGUGACAUUUUUUGGUAUGCAUGAUGAAGUGAGUGGGUCUGAAUCUCAUUCCACGCAGGUUUACUGACGUGUGCUAACAUUUUUGCCCCCUUUUUUUUGUUCUUCUUAUGACAUCCUAACUGUUUUUCCCUCUGUUUUUAUGAUAUAGUGGAAACAAAUAAGUUGUAUUAGUGGUUAUAGAACAGAUUCUCACCUGACAAUACAAGGACACAUCAUCUGUACUACAUAUCGGAUGUUGCAAUGUAUUCAUCCCAUUAGAUACCACUCCCUGAUUGAUACUAUUGUGUCCUU